ACUGAACAUUCCCACUGACUCUUUCAGAGAGCAGCAUGGAGUGUGUGGGACGACUAAGACCUCCUCAGGCCCGCAACCUCCUGGGAGUCCCGGGCUUCAACAUCUUGGACGUGGAUGAAGACGAGGAGGACUUCAUCGCCAUCAGGCCCAAACGCUCCCCUCUGCCUCGAAGAAAGAGCUCCAUCACUGAUGAAGACUUGGAGGCGGAUGUUCCUCUGUGCGGCUCCAGGAGAGUCUCCUUCGCUGAUGCCAAAGGCCUCAACCUGGUGGAGGUGAAGGAGUUUGAUACGUGGGAGGUGCCCAAACUGCCAGGACAAGACGCUCCUGGAGCCACAGGCAUAGAUGGAGAGGAGUACUACCUCUCGCCUCUAACUUUCUCCCUCAUGCUGUCAUCUGAAGAGGUGUUUGCCAAAGUGCUGCAGCAGAAAAUAGAGCUGGAAACAAUCGACUUUCUUCCAGGGACCACAAUCUUGAAAGGAGUGAUCCGUGUCCUCAACGUCUCCUACAGUAAGGCGGUUUUCAUCAGAACAACUUUGGACCAAUGGGCCACACACUUUGACCUCCUGGCAGAGUACAUCCCCGGCUCCAGCGAUGGGGGGACGGACUGCUUCUCCUUUAGGCUCACCUUGGUACCUUGGUUCCGGGAACAGGGGGCCAGAGUAGAGUUUUGCCUGCGGUAUGAAACUCCGGAAGGGACAUUCUGGGCUAACAACAACGGCAAAAACUACGUACUGCUCUGUCACCGAAGGAUCAGAGAGGACACUGACACACAGCAGAAGGAAAAUCUGAGCGUGAAAAGCUGCUUGAAGAACAUCAGUCAGAGCCUCUCCACUGUGGAAAACAUUUCAUCAAAACAAGCUCCAUCGCAGGACACAGCAACAUCAGAAAAGUCCUCCCAUAAACUGGACAGAAGGAAAGCUAGCAACAAAUCUGAAGGCAAAGUGGGUCCAUCAGCAGAAGAGAAACAGAAAUUACUGAUGGAGGACAGGCAAAACAGAACCCAACGGAGGCGCAGGAAGGCCGAACGCAUGGACCAGGUGAGGAACUACUUUGCUCAAAGGAAUGAUACUGAUGAUACUGAUGGACACAAAGCACACCCAGAAACAAAACAGGAACCUCGAGCAGGAAAGUUUGUCUUUGAAGAUUUUGGAACACUCGGUGGAGCUGUUCUCAAUGGAGAACAAGGCUUUGUAGCUAACAAGGAGGUUGAGUCGUCCAAACGCCCGUCAUCAGGAGGGGACCAGGAGAGCACACUGCAUCCACCCAAAGAUCCGGCUACAGAAAAGCAAAUCAUCAGAAGCUGUCAGGAUCAAGAGAGUAGCAGAGAAAGCUUCACGUUCACCACCGUGGUGGCUCCUCUAUAUCAGCAGGUGUUUGGCAGGUUAGACGCUGACAUUCCGAGUGCAGCUGAUGUGGAAAAACAAACCAAAACGAGAGUGGAUCUCUCUGAGAAGAUGCCUAUUGUCUGCAAACAAACUGUAGACUCUAGAGAACAGGAUUGCAUAGAUGCAGUGCAGAGUCCAGCCCAGUCAGAACAGACUCAAAGUCCGCGGCCCGCUUUAGCAGACAUGCUAGAAGGUCUUGACGGAGUAUGCGGUUCUUUUGACUCCGACUUGUUGAGUUCCCAGACAAAGACGAGGGAUAAAGAUAGUGACGGUCUCCGGGGAGAGGCGCAGGAAGAUGAUCUGACCCGUGACCUCAGCAGAGCCUCUGAUGGACCGCUGCCAGCAGAGCGAGCUUGUUUGCACGUUGCAGUUAAUGUUGCUGACAGAAAUGCAAAGAUUGAAACACGAGCUGAUCCCAAAUCUCUUCUGAGGGAGUCGGGGCGCUCUGGUGACGAUGCAGACCAGCAGAGCAGCUGUGACCCGGCUGAGGUGACGCAGAACAAUGACUCUGCAAAAAUAAAGAAUAAAACCAGCACGUUUGUAACAAAAGAAGAACGGUUAGCAGCGGAAAAUGACUUAGAGUCUGAAAACAGGGAUCAAGCAGUCGUUAAAACCAACACAAAUAGCCUCAUUUCAAGACCAGAAACAGUUCUUAACAAUUUGAACAUAAUAGAAACAGAGAGUUCCAGUAAAGACGAAACCCAACACUCUGUAGUAAUAAAUAUAAUUAGUGAAGUAGCCGGGUCCAUGGAAAAUCAAGAAAAUAAUGAUUCUAUAGACAUGGAUGCAUUUAGAGAAACUCUAGAAGAAAAGGACCACAAUGGGAUGAAAGAUAUGUCAAAAAAUGAUGGAACUUUCUGUUUAGCAGAAAUGAAAAUGGUGAAAAACUGGGAAAUGAUGGUUGAGGAGGAGGAAAGCAACAUGUUAACAAAUGAAAAGCUGAUUGAUUUAAACGCGGAGGACUGCAGAGGAAUGAAGACAGAUAAAAUAGAGGUUUUUCUGGAAGAACUGAUAGCUGCAGAAAUACAAGCACAGAACGAUGAGGCAGCGUGGGAACCAAACGAAGAAUGCACCGACUCAGAGCCAGUCCAGGUUGUAAUAACAGAACAUUUUGUUGGGGAAAAAAUUGCAGAAGAAAAAGAUUUAGUUUUUGAUGAGCCAGUUAACCAAAGUGAGGAAGAAAUGAAAGAGACAGAGCAAAACCGUGAAUCUGAAGGAGGUUUGGAGUGGGAGGGAGAGGAAAAGUUAGAAAACAUCAACAAGGAGGAGAAGAGUUCAUAUUGCACACCAGAGAGUUUGGCGGAUUACAGUGGAGAAAUAGAAAAUAUGGAUGCAAACACAAAGAGCAGAGAAGAGGUAAAGGAUCCAGAUGUUAUAGGAGACAUGGAGGAAGAGGGUCUGUCUGAAAACGAAUGCCCUCAAUCUGACGACAAGAAAGACGGCUUCCAUUGUGCUAAAGAUUUCCGACAGAGCUGUCCGAGUGAAGAGACGUCCACGUUAGCAUCUGAGCGCAGCAGGGAUCUAGCAAGUCAGGACAGCAGCUCGGCAGAGUCCGACUCAGACGACGAGGUGGAGCUGUACAUGUACCGCCUCAGAGCUGCGGGAGCAACAGCACAAGCAGGUAAAGACAAAGUCAAAGAAGCAGGCUUCCCGCCGGGCAAAAGGCCUUCCGCAAGCAGAGCCAGACCCCCAUCCCCCGUCCUACCCCCCAUCUGUGAAUCUGUAGAUGAAGAGCAGCACGUCAGCCGCACUCAGGAGAAUCCAACUCCUGAGGACAACUGCCAAAAGGUUACGUGGUGGAUGUCCUGGAGCAGCAUUUCAAAAUCAUUGUUCUACGUCACCUUGCUGGUGGUGUUUCUGGCUGUGGCAAACCGGUAUGAUUUUCUGGCCUGUUUUGGGCUCUAUCUGAUGUCUGUGGUUUGGCUGUGGUGUCAAGGAGAGAAACAAGUGUCUCAAAGCAACAAGUGAGAAGAGCGAGAGCAACAAAAACUGUCACAGUUUAGCUAAAACAAUGUUUAACGCAUACUGGUUAGCGUUAAUUAAGAUCAGAUCUAGACAAAAUCCAAAAACUUGUUUUUUUUUCUUAGACUUAGUUUCUGCAGAGCGGCAGUAGAAAUUAGAAAUUUGCUUGUGAGUUGUAGGUGAGAUUGCUGUCAGUAAGUAAGCCCGCCUCCACUCCCCGUCAACAUCUGUUUACACUCUCUCCUGCUAGUUUAAGCUUUGUCGUAGGUCCAUUGGGGCGGAGCCGCUGUAGCCAACUGUUGAUUGGCAGAAAGUGAUAAGACAUUAGAAAGCGCUCAUUUAAGCUAACGUUUCCAACGUUCGUAAGCAUUCGGGUUCCUGUGUUCUCUUUUGAUCACUAGUUUAUAUUGAACAUGCCUGCAAACAAAAGCAAGACCUGGUCUGCAGUGGAACUGCAAACGUGGUGAGCUAGAGGCACGCCAGCGGUCUACACAAGGACGUGCACAGGAUUUUGAGGUGCUCAAAAUUAGAAAAGGGCAACAAAGAAACACUUUUAAUCAAUAUGAAAAUUAAGUGAAAUUUGAAAAUAAAGUACUGAUACUGAUAGCUAUAAGACCUGUGUAGGUAAAAGUGAUAGAAUUGUUAUUUUUUAUAAGUAAGCUAAUUACUGUCGACAUGGGUUCAUUCACUUUAUAAUAGACUUAGAAGACAUCUAAAGCCAUUAAAACACUGGAGACUCUUUAGUUUGCAAUGUGCUGCAGACAGAAUCAACAUAAAUCAAGUUUAAUCCAAAUUGCAAUACUUUAAAAAUGGACUUCCUUAAACUUUCAUCCCCAGAAUGUUGGAAUUAUUAAUAGCAUUUAGCAUUUUAGUUCAUUUAUUAAAUGUUUACGUUUUUGCCACCACUUUCCUGCAUCUUGGGUUUAAACACAUUUCCAGGUUUUGUCAUUUGAACCCAAUGGAACUCUUGUUCUAUAUUCACAGCCAGCUAAUUUCUCGUUUGCAUCUGGUAAAAACACCAUUUCCUUUAGAGAGGGUCUUUAGAGUUUUAGCUACUUUCCUGUCCCUAAUGUUGGGAUUCUAAAUCACAGAUGUUUAACCUUUUUGGCCCCAUGACUGCUGGGAUAUGAUGUUCCUUAAAACUUGAAAGAAAAAGACAUGAAGAAGAAAUAGAGAAAAAUAAAACAUAGACCUUGUUGCGGUCUCAAAAAGCAAAGAAAGCUAACGAUGAAGAGGGAAACAAGACAUGUUUAUGUCAUAGCUGUUGGAAGAUUGUGCACUGUACGUAAAUGAAAAUGGGCAUUACAUAUUGUUUGUGACACAUAAUGAAAUAAACUAUAUAUUCUCAAAGGAAGCGUGUAUAUUC